CGGAUAAAUUCACGAUAAGUUGCUACAUUUAAUUCUUCAAAUUUUUCCUUUUUAUCUAGAAAUUAUAUUAUUUUAUUCGGGAUUUUAACUUUAGAUGACAAAAAUUAUAAUGUUUAUAUAGGACUACCAGCUACUAUUUUAAAAUGUAAAACGUUUUGGUAUAUAAAUCUCGGUACACGUAUAAAAUAAAAUAAAAGUACCAAAUAACUUUCGUCUGCAUAAAUUAUGAACGUGAACAUUAAUAAUUAUUCGUAGUAUGUUGAAAAUUUUAUUAUUUACCGUAUCUCUGAGUAGAAGUGUGUAGCAUAUAUAAUUCUACAUUUUUGAUAAUCGAGACAGGAUAGUCGUCGAAUUUUUAGAAUAAGAUUGCUCGAUUGGAUUAUGCCUUACACGAAAAGAAAUAAGAAUAAAAUCUACAGAUGGAGAUUUCUUAUCUAUUCUUUUUCGGAUGCACAACGGUCCGCCGAGAUCAAGUCUACGGGGAAAUCAUAGUUGAAUUUAUUAAGCCAGCGCGAGUAAUUUCCCGCGAAUAAAUAUUUAAAUAACACGAACGGUUUAUUCAAUCCAGCCAAUAUUAAAGCUGUAGCUCAAACGCGGGACGGUUCUGUCAAUAAAUUUAAUGUUAAACGAUUAAUUUCGCGUAACUCGACGCCGUUAUACUGACGGCGCGGGCGCGGGCGCGGCGCGGCGGAGCGCGGCGGAGCGCAAAUCUCGUACAUUUAAGCACGCAAUUUUUUUUCCUCGUCGAAUACACACGCACGCGCCCACGCGUGGGCGCGCGAGCAACGAUGGCGACCGCUAAAUUCAUUUAAAAUUAAUAUAAUUAAAUUGCAGUUAACGUUGCGGCGGUGAAAUUUCCAGCAACAAAAUGUGAUUAAAACUUGUUUAUCUAAAUUUAUAUUCUCAGAGGGAAAUCCCCUUGUUAAGCAACGGGCUGGUUAUACGAAUUCUCCGGGAGAAGAUUAACCCUCGUAGAGGGGUUAAAACAAGCGUCAUCCUUUUCCCUGUCCCUAAUCUACCGGUUUAACGUCCGUUGAUCCACCCUCACCGGUAAGUUCGCCUGGCAGUCAAGGAUUUACAGCGCAGGGCCGAUCGCCGGGGGAGGUGUGCGUAACACAUGCAUAAACGUUUCGCUUAAAUGAAACGCGAAUUGAAACGCGAAACGCCGUUUAUUUAUGCAAUUCACUAUACACAGCUACUCACGCGUGUUAUGGCUGUUACAUGCGCCAUGUACGAACGGGAAAACCAUUUGUGCGAACUCGGGGAAGAGAUAAAACCGUUGAAUUUUCCGAUAGCUUGGUAAAUAACGAGGAGCGACGAAAAAAAAAAAUUAACACGACCACAUUCGCGCGAUAUCUCAAAUUUACGUUCCGGCACGUUUCCGUUAAAGUCGACUUAAUCACCGACGCUGUUUUUCCUAAUUUUCUCUCACGACUGUUGUGCGCCACCGUCCCGCAUUUGGAAAUAUAAUUUUUCUGAUAAACAACGUCGCGUGCGCAAUACCUGAUUGCGAUACCAGUACGUCGAUCGAUUGAAACGCUGCAAAUGAGGCUGCAAAUAUAAUUAAAGCAGCAAUUUGUAUUCUAUUACAUUCAAUAAUAAGAAAUACCUAAACGUCUAGGCGAUAUAUUGAUAUAUAAAAUAGUUAAAGUUAUGUAAUUAAAGUCAAUAAUAUCUACUCAAAAUGUAUGUAAUCAUUCAUGGUAUCAAGUGGGAAAGCUGUGUUAAAUUAAAUAAUAAUGAUACUUGUCACGCAUUCCACGAGCUGGCGCGUUUUAAUAUGCAUGGGACGCGUCGCUAAAGGGAUAUAAAACCAAUUGGGCUGUUAAGCGGCUGCAAAUGUUAAAUAAACUCAACGCGAGGUGAAUCGAGCCGCCUCUUCCGUACUUCCUCACCCGUCCCUCCCCCUGCCGAAGAGUCACACGACGUGACUAACAGUACAAUAAGCCAUCGAUCUCCUCUUUCGCCAUCGGGCUGACUUUUUUUUUCGGGGUAAACUCGUUCCAUCGGAACAAUCGGAUCGCCUCGAAACGAUCGCCCAUUCAAACAGCCCCCGACAACCUAGGGGUGACGAAAAAGGAAAAAGGAAGGCACAGAGUCGAUGACGGAGAGGCAACGCGGAAAAAAAAUCGAAGCACGAGAGCACGAGAGGGGGCACCAUCGCACUGACGCGUCACCCCGACUUUGUCGGGGUGUUGGAAUCCGCCCUCUCUUUUGGAUGCCGCCGGUGCUGGUGCGAAAAUCUCCGGAACAAAAAUACACUUUUCGUUGUUCCCGGGAAAUUAAAUCCCCCGACGGAAACUAACGAACAAAUCAACGCGUUCGACAGGGUUUGGUAUCCUGCUUCUGUCUCUCUCGUUUUCUCUCUCUCGAGUGCUGUUAGUGAAACAUCGCGAAAAUCUUCGGGUUAAUGCAUGGAAACAAAAUUUGCCGACGUGCAAAACGUGAACAGCAUAUUCCUUUUUUUUCAACCUGAAAAAUUCUAAUGAAAAAGCAUCGAGAUAUAUUCGUAGAAUUUAAACAAUUUAAGUUAUUUUUAAAUUAUAUUAUUUGUCUGCAGAUCUUUUUGCGAAUAAAGUUUUAUAAGUGCACUAAUGAGUGUAAAAUAAAAUUCACUCUUCGAACUUUCAUAUUUCAGUAAGAUUUUGAUUCCAAGUUUGGAUACUAAAAUUUAAUACAGGAAAUUAAAAAGUUGAAGCAAAUAACGACAAGUGUCCAAGUUUUGCAUAAGAAUUUUUAUCUCUUACUCCAGUAAAACAUCUCUAAAUGUUUCUUACUAUUAGCUUCAAGUUCUUCGUUUGCCUCAAACUAACAGAUACAAACUUUAUGAAAGCUCCCGGUAUUUUUUUUAACCUUCCUAUUAAUUUAUUAAGUGAACCAUCAUAUGAAAUGUAAUCACUUUCUAAUUAGUGAUUUGUAAUUCAAUCGUGAAUUUCGCUUAUGAUUAAUUUCACCUUCCUUAUUUUCAUUAUUUAAUCAUGAAUACAGAUUAAACAUGAAUAUUGUUAAUCAUAAUUACAAAUAAUUUUAUUACUCGAUAAUAAUUGAGCUGAUUACGUUACGUCCAAUUCCUGCGCGUGUUUACUCAAUUUCGAAUAUCGUUGCAAAAGUGAUUUAGCCGAUACGUGAUGAUACGAAAGAUUUCUCAGCUGGAGAGUGCACAGCCCAAUUCCGCCCAACCUUCAUCGAUACAAGGCAUGCUUUUUCUCCGUUCGAUGGUCCAACACGUCGACGCGGAGGCUGGCGAGGCAUCCAGUUGACGCGUCCGCUCUCACAACUAUACUCUUCAUACCUCCUCCUUCUCCUUCUUCUUUUUUUUAUCGAGGUCCGCUUUCGAAACCUGUUAUCGCCGUGGCCGAGUACGUCUACCAUAUACACGAACGUGAACGAUGCACCGAUCGCGGCACCACGCACCGAUCGCCCUCAUUAAAUUCGUCGAUUUUAUUGGGAGCUCUUUUCCGGUGUUUCCAGAUUGCGAAAUUGCAAUGAAACACGUAGAAAAAAAGAAGACAGAAAGAAAGAGGUCAACGGGACGGUGCGAGAGAGUGAGGCUAGCCGGUAAGCCGAGACGACGGAGUAGCACGCGCGCGAACGCGCCGAAAAAUACGCUCGUUAGCUCGUUAUUCGUUCGCGAGAGAGACAGGUCGAUGAUUUUAUCGGGAUUGCUUUUAUAACGAUGCAACUUUGCGGAUCGGAUGUAUCCGGCAGAGGAAAUAGCGGUGAAAUUUGCGAUGCAAAUGCCACAUUAAGCGGCGACGAGUCGGCGUAAAAAGUCGAGUGCCUGUGCCUGAACGUACGACGAAAUAAAUGCGUAUUUUUACAUGCUGGCGAAUAUAUUUUACUUCACGUAGCGAUGAUUAAUUCUGUUGGCGGAAUAUGGGAAUAUUCACCAGGCGAGACUCUACUUGUUACCAUUAUGCAAUGUCAGCCAACAACGAGUAGGUCCACAUAGACAAAAAACGCAGAGAGAGAGAGAGAGAGAGAGAGAGAGAGAGAGAGAGAGAGAGAGGAGCGCGGGGGAAAAAAAGAAAAUUUAAAAACUACCGAGUAAAAUAUAGAAAUCAAAAAUAUGAAACGCAUAAUUCAUAAAUCACAUAGCGCACGUAGCUCUGAAAAUCACGAAUAUAGUGGCAUUUUUAUUAUGAUGUACUGUUAGCUAUCCCUUUAUAUGUAUAUCCCAGCCGGUGUAUUUACAAAUGAUAUUAAAAUAAUAAAUUUCGAGAGAAAUAUUUAAGAUAAGAUUAAUUAUAAACUCAAGAUAAAAUAGUAAGUAAAGCCGUGAUACUUUUAUUCAGGUUUUUAUAUUUCACGCUAAGCUAAAAGUAAGCUAAGGAUAAGUUGCAUAUAAAACGGUUGCAUUAAUUAUCGCCAGUACUUAUCCCGUUGGAAUGUCUAAUCUGCGCAGUCUCCUAAUCCAGCGAUCGAGCGCAUCGAGAGAGAUGCCUCGAUGAAUUAGUGAUAGCGACUCUUUCACGUCUGACAUAACAUAUGAAAUCCAUUUCCACCGGGCGGAGACGAAAUGAAAAUAGCCGUCAACGGUAGCGCGAUUUCUUCAAUGGGUGAAAUCGACUCGCCGACCUACCUCGACUUCUUCAAGAAACUCCGCGAGGCGAAUCCGUUCCGCCUCGCGUAUGUCGACACGAUCGCGAGGGAGAACUCGAAAGCUUGCGAUAUGUGCAUAGUAAAAUGGCAUUCGUGCACCGAUUAUACCGGAAGUAUGAAUUUGUUAUCCAUCAAAAUGAAAGCUGGAGAAGGUUCUCGAGCUACAGGGCGGCUUCGUUGAACAGGCCUCGACUUCUUUGACUAACGCUGGCAACUUUCUAAUUUACCUACCGGCUCAUUCAAGUCACUCCGUUCAAUUUCCUGCGAUUAUUUUCACCGAGUUUUAAUCUCGGAACAAUAAACAUCUCUAAUAUCAAUAAUUAUCUCCCCUUUUUCCUCUCUUCGAGAGAACUCCGCGAGAAUAUCUAAUAGCUCGGUUCCUCUCUUCCUCGUUUUCUUCCGCGAAAGAAACGGUGGCCCAACGAAAGUAGUAUAAUAUAGCAGCAUCCGGUCGUAUACCCGUCGUAUAUUCAUCGUAGGGGGGAAAAACGUGGCACCUCUCGCUCGCGUACGUCACGCACCUUUCCCCUUCUCUCGAUGGCACCCAAGGAGUAGGUAUCUCUCUAGAAUAUCGGUAUAUAUCACGUGUCGUACACCACGCACGCUUUAGUGCUUAUCGGGAGGAAGGGGAGGAAAGACCACGGAUACGUGUCUCUCUUUAGGCCCAGUGAGUCGCGUGAUUUCGUGGUGAGAGGAGAUCGCGGUUGAGUCGAGAGAUCGCAGAAGGAGCACACGAGCCCGUAAAUUUCCUCGCAGGUCAACGUCGCACGCACGCAUAUCGUCGUCGCGAUCGACACCCGACUCUCCCGGAGCCGUCAAUCGAUACCGUCUCAUUCUUCCGCCGUGCCCGAGAUCAAACAGCGCGAUCUUGAACACCGAGCGACCCUCCCCCAGGUUUCGGCAUGGCAAUCAAGAUCCUCGUCCUGGUAUGCGCCCUGCUCACCGCGGCGAUGGCCGCCGAGUCGACGAACAGCACCGAGCAACAGCAAACCGGCAGAUCGCGGGUUUCCGACGAACAACUGAAUAUGGCCCUGAGCGACAAACGUUACUUGAACCGACAGCUUAAGUGUGCCCUGGGAGAAGCGCCGUGCGAUCCCGUCGGACGUCGUUUGAAAAGUUUAGUGCCGCUGGUUUUGAGAGGCCACUGCCCUCAGUGCAACCCCGAGGAGACACGUCAGAUCAAGAAGGUCCUUUCUCACAUUCAGCGAUCCUUCCCGAAGGAGUGGAACAAGAUAAUACAACAAUACGCCGGAGUUCCAUAAGCGAGAUCUGAUAUAAGCGCGACGAGGCUGGAUGUACAGAAUAGAGUAAUACAGAAAGAGUACAAUGGCUCAUCUACACAAGUCACUGUCAAUCACAUUCGUUUAUUUAGUAUUAUUGUUAACGCGAUGGGAUGAGAGAGAGGUAUAGCCCUCCCAAAAAAGGAGAUGUAUUCAAACUAUUAUUAAAGGUAUACGUACAUACGUAGAUAUCAAUUUUGACACAAUAUGAAGAUUUUAUCUAUAUUAUUUUGUUAUUUAUAUUAAAGCAUGUACAUGUACACAUUCUAUUCGCAUGUUGGAUAUUAUUCCAAAUAUUUUAAUAAAGUUUAGCGUAUUGUUA